AUGGACAAGAACAAUCUCACCACAGUAACUGAGUUCAUUCUCACAGGCUUUACCGACCACCCCAGGUUAGAGGUUCCCCUCUUCCUGGUGUUUCUCAGUUUCUAUCUAGUCACCUUACUGGGGAACGUGGGGAUGGCCAUUCUAAUUCAAGUGGAUGUCCAACUUCACACACCAAUGUACUUCUUCCUCCAUCACCUCUCUCUGAUGGAUGCCUGCUAUGCCUCUGUCAUCACCCCUCAGAUCCUGGCCACACUGGCCACAGGAAAGACGGCAAUAUCCUUUGGCCACUGUGCUGCCCAGUUCUUUUUCUUCACCAUUUGUGCAGGCACAGAGUGUUUCCUGCUGGCGGUGAUGGCCUAUGACCACUUUGUAGCCAUUAGCAACCCACUCCUCUACACUGUGGCCAUGAAUCCCCAAAUGUGCUGGAGUUUGGUGGCAGGAGCUUAUGUCUCUGGGGUUUCAGGGGCCAUCCUGCGUACUACAUGCACCUUCACCCUCUCCUUCUGUGAUGACAAUCAGAUCAACUUCUUCUUCUGUGACCUCCCUCCCCUGCUAAAGCUUGCCUGCAGUGACACAGCAAGCACUGAGAUUGUCAUUGUCUUCUUUGGCAACUUUGUGAUCUUAGCCAAUGCCUUGGUCAUCCUGAUUUCCUACCUGCUCAUCAUCAAGGCCAUCUUGAGGAUGAAAUCUUCAGGUAGCAGAGCUAAGACUUUCUCCACAUGUGCCUCCCACCUCACUGCUGUGGCCCUUUUCUUUGGAACCCUCAUCUUCAUGUAUUUACGGAGUGGCUCAGGCAAAUCCCUAGAGGAAGACAAGGUGGUGUCUGUCUUCUACACUGUGGUCAUCCCCAUGCUGAACCCUCUGAUCUACAGUCUGAGAAACAAGGAUGUGAAAGCUGCCUUCAAAAAGAUCACUGGUAGAUUUCAGGUGUCCAAGAGCAUGUAG